UUUAAACAGAAAAGAAAUAUACAAUUAUAGGUGCACAAUUGAAGCGGCAUGAAGACCUUAAACGCAAAUAUUUUAUGCUGCAAUUGCAAACUGUAUAAACUGGGUUUGUUAAUUGGUUUUUUGUAUUUAAUACCAAAUUUAUUAAUUGUAGUGUAUUUUUUUGGCAGUACUAAUUAUGACGUCUACACAUUGCCGUUUUUGAGCGCCAUAACUGUACUUACAUCUAUUUUACUGAUCAAGGGUUUAAUGACAGAACGCCUUGAAUUUUUAUUGCCCUGGUUGGCCAAUAUUACAGUUCUGAUUAUAUUCAAUAUUAUUUUGGUAACUGCCCAAUUUGGUGAACUUGAAAGGGAGGAAACCAAACAAUCAUUUUAUUUGGAAUUUGGAUUUUUCAUAGGUUUAGAAAUUCAAAUAUUUUGCUGGUACAUCAUCUAUUGUCUCUUGAUGCAGGGCUAUCAAAAGAAUAAAAAACUAAAUGCAGCUGUAAAAUCAAUUUCGGGAAUUGUGGAAACCCACGACCAAGAUUAUUAUAAAGUCAAUUUAAUUGCCAACGAACAUUUAGGUGAUGAACAUAAAGUUAUCAGUGUUUAAAGCUUGUAUAAAGAAGAUUUAUAGUAUACUUGAAGAGUUUAAAAAUAGUAUUUUUUUUUUAAUAAAAUAUUAGAACCAGAAAAAAAA